UUUCAGAACGCUCACAAAACUCUUCUGUCACUUAAGUAGGUGUCACACACGGCAUCUCAUGUUAAGUUUUGAGGUUAUGUUUAUGUAACUUUUGUUUGGUGCAGGAAACAACAUCGCUAAUUACCGGCUUUGUUUGGCUUGAUGUUAUGACAGAAACUAGUAUGAGGGGUCAAAUGUCUUAUACUUCAUUGAUAACAUCCACGACACUGAGAGAAUCGCCAUGUGAAUAUAUUCGUUCGCCGCUCACGGCGAGGUCACGCUUUUUUCAUCAAAUUAUUGUAUAAUUUCCUCGAAUCGUCCGUCGGACGUAUGACGUUCUAAUGAACAGCAUCCGCGUAUUUCGCAGUUGCUUGACGAAUAGUGUAGUUGGUAGGAUGUGUGCAACCAAGACAAGUUACGAGGAGGCUGUAUGCAAAUUAAAUGUACUGCAAUCAAACAAAGCUACAAUAGAGCAGAUCAGGAGAGACAUAAGAACAGGUCAAGUAAGUAGCAAUCUACCUCUGCUUAAAAAGAAAUGCACAAACUUAAUGGAUAUGGAGAAUUAUCUGGCAAGAACUGGUGUUACCAUGACAAAAUUGGAUGAGCUCUCUGUGAUUCAUGUUGCUGGAACUAAAGGAAAGGGUUCAACAAGCGCGAUGUGCGAGUCGAUACUCCGCCACCAUGGGUUCCGUACAGGGUUCUACUCGUCGCCGCAUCUUGUGGCGGUGCGCGAGCGCAUUCGGCUCGAUGGCCGCAUCAUCUCUGAGGCACAGUUUGCUAAACACUUCCAUCAAGUGUACGAUAUGCUUGACGGUAGUAAGGCUUACGAAGGCGAUAUGCCGAAGUACUUCGCGUUCCUGACUGUGAUGGCUUUCAAUGUGUUUCUCAAGGAGAAGGUAGAUGUCGCUAUAGUCGAGGUCGGGAUCGGCGGCGUUGUUGACUACACUAACGUCUUGAGAAAGGUGCCAGUAGUGGGUAUAACAGCGUUAGGAUUGGACCAUACGUCAAUUCUUGGGACUACCCUGCCUGAGAUUGCUGCCGCUAAAGCCGGCGUUAUGAAGCCUGGCUGCCAGGCUUACACCGUGCAGCAGCCGCCAGACGCCAUGGCCAUAUUGACCAACGUCGCUAAUAGCGUUAAGUGCCCAUUAUCUGUUGUACCUGACUACAAAACCUACACGUUCCCGAACACAGAACAUGCUCUCCUGCCUGUCGACGUCGAAGCUUACCGGACAAAUGCCUCUCUAGCCAUACAGUUAGCUCACGCGUGGAUGCGAAUAACCAAACCAACACACACGAAAAACGGCCUUAAGAAAUACGUCCAUAAGGAUCAAAUUAUUACAAAUGAACAAACAGUAUUAGAAUCAAUAGUGAAAUGCGUGACGAAGGAAACGAUGACGGGAUUAUCGAGUUGUAAAUGGCCGGGCCGGUAUCAUGUCGUUAAUUCAGAUUACGCGCAAUUUUACUUAGAUGGAGCACACACUAAAGAAUCCAUGGAGAUAUGCGCGCAAUGGUUCCAAAAUUAUAGCAGAUUACAUGACAAAGUGCUGAUAUUCAGUGCAACUGGAGACAGGGACGCGGAAAUUCUGCUCCAACCUCUUCGUAAUAUAGGUUUUAAUACUGUUUACUUCGUGAUACCGACCGCCUAUAAGAACACGAGCCAAAACAAUGAUAACUUCUCUCUUGUCGAACAAGAAGAGCUUAUUGCCAGGUGCGAAAAACACGCAGAAAUUUGGCAACACUUCACAGAAGGCUGCAAGGCUAAUGUGAAUGUCGCUGGCUGUGUGGCUGAUGCUUUGAUCAGCCUGAAAAAAACUAAGAUUCUCGAUAGAUCGUCCGUGUUAAUCACGGGCUCACUGCACCUGGUUGGUGCUGCUUUAUCCUUAUUAGAUCCUAAUUUAGGUAGUUGACUGUUAUGAGUGAAACUUAUUGCUAUUAAAGUUUAUUUUUGUAAGUUA